ACUCUGUGACUUUCCCUUUUGAAGAUAUGGCAGAAGUGCCAUCAUCCAUCUAUCAAGCCAACAAGCGCCAUUCAAAAGCCUUUUGAGAGAACAUGUCACAGCCACAACCCCAACAAAUAGAAAAAAACAAGCACCUCCCAAUUUAAAACCUCGCUUUAACCCAACAACACUACCUAGUUCAACUCCAAUGCCAACAUAGCAACACUACUACUACUACCUACUACUACUACUACACUUGUUUUCGGUUCCUAACUUCCCCUUCCUUGUAUCUGCCUCAUUCUCUCAUCAAAAACCCUUUUUUGAUAGGGCCCAUUACUCCAUAAUGGGUGACAAGGGAGACACAACCAAGAAACAACAAUCUCAACAGCAGCAACCUCAAUCUCACCACCACCAUCAACAACAACAACAAACACAACAGCAAAUUUCAUCUUCUCCCAAAGCCCCACAUGAGGAACCCAUCACAGAAGUUAGGCCAAUCCACCACCACCACCACCAACAACUUUCACCAGUUGUCGUUGCAACUGGAGCACCCCCUUUCAUUCCAAGUCCUUUAUAUGUUUCAAGUGGUGCAAGUUCCUCACCCUUUGAGCCUCAGUUUGAGACACUGAACCCAAAGAGGCCCAGAUACAGUGGACAAUGGAAGCAGCUUCUACCUUCUCCUCCUGCACAACAAAAACAGUCCCAAAUGGCCAUGCUUCCCACCUCAGAAUCAAGCCCUUCACCUACUACUCACACUUCAUCAAACCCACUACAACAACAACAACCCCAAACACAAACAGCUUCUUCAUCAGACACUUCCUCAUCUCCAACACACUCUCUCCCGUUGCUCUCAGGAGAAGGGACCAAGCAAGAGGGAGAGCAAAUUCACCAGCAACUCAGAAAAGGGAAAUACGUGAGUCCAGUUUGGAAGCCCAACGAGAUGCUGUGGCUGGCAAGAGCUUGGAAGGAACAAUACAAAGGUGGUGGUGGUGUUGGUGGAUCUGAUUUUUCUUCAAGAGCAGAACAACAACAAGCGGAAUUGGGAAUCACAAGAGCGAAAACUAGGGCUGAUAAAGAUAAAGAAGUGGCUGAGUUUCUCAAGAGGCAUGGGGUGAAUAGAGAUGCUAAAACUGCAGGUACUAAAUGGGAUAACAUGUUGGGAGAGUUCAGGAAAGUGUACGAAUGGGAAAGAGGGGGUGAGAGGGAACAAAUUGGGAAGAGUUAUUUCAGGCUUUCGCCUUAUGAGAGAAAGUUGCAUAGACUCCCAGCUUCUUUUGAUGAAGAUGUUUUUGAAGAGCUUGCACAGUUCAUGGGUUCCAGAAUGAGAUCCUCUCAUGGCAGAGCUGUUUCCUCUUUAGGGUCAGGAGAUGAAGCUAGAACAGCUCUUGCUGCUACAAGAGCACUUCCACCACCUCCUCGACCUUUUAAAGAUGAUGAAAUCCCUCUUUCAGCUAGGACAAAGCAAUUGGCUUUGACAAGUGGGGGUGAACCUUUCUUUCAUGGGUCAAGAGGGGGUUUAUUAGGGUUAGACACUCUCUUAGACGUUACAGGUUCUUCUUCUUCUUCAUCCAAAGAACUCCGAAGAAUUGGGAAGUUAAGAAUGUCAUGGGAGGAAUCAGUGAGUUUGUGGGCAGAAGAAGGUGAAGUCCAUAGAGGGAGAGUGAAGCUUCAAUCUUCAAGCUUUCUGAACGCAGACGAACUCACUUGCUUCGAUGAUGCCAUGGUGCCAUGCCCCAUGGAAUAUUUCGAAGAUGGCCCACUGAAGGGUUUCUCUGUGGACAGAUUCGUUUCGGGUCAGCAAGUCAAAGUUUUUGGCAGAAGAAAGUCUUCUCCAGCCUCAGAUUCUUCUUCUGCUGGUUUUGCUGAAAGAGUCCAAUUUCCCUCCAAAGCACUUCCCAUAAGAUCAAUUGCUACAUUGGAUUUCCGAGACCCAAGCGAUUACUACAUGGAAUGCUUCCUACGUGCGUCCCCGCAAACCCUCCCAAGCCUCUUGGAGCUUAAGCGUCACUUGCAAGAACCCCCACCCGAAGACCUACGUUUUCCUCUCCGAAGAGACGUGUACGAGGAUCUUCCUCAAGGGAAGGAACUCUUCUUCACGACAACAUCCGAACCCUUGGACUGCAGAGCCAUCAUGUUCGAAAUUGUGGGCCCCAUCAUCCGCCCCUCCCUCAACCCUACGUCAUCCAGCCGCGACUCCUUCAUUCCCCUCUGGGACGAUUGCAUCAACCGCGUCAUCCAAAAAUUCUGCCCCGAAAAUCUCACCCUAAUCCGAAAACCCACGUCAUCACCCCCACCAACAGCAACAACAGCAGCAGCAACAGCAACGGAAUCCACGAAUUUGUUAUUACAAGACCAAUGGCCGAACAUAACAGGUUUUGUCAACAACUAUUGCUUAUGGAGAGGCGAAGAAACGCACCAGUUAAAAGAGACGCAGCCAAAUCCAUCAACCACGUUAGUUGCUAAAUUACUAUGGACCUACAUGGAUUUACCCUACAUACUCGGAUACUAUGCAGUUGCCAAUACGGUGACGUUUUGCGCGAUGAGUAGGUCCCAAGAAGGAAUAAUCAACCGCACUGAUUUACUAGAACUGAAUUUAACCACCCCAACGGAAAGGUUAAAGGCUUUAGUUCCGUGUUUUCGGAUCGGGUUGUUGCUGCCAUUGCUGAGUAAGCGUUGCAGUAGUAUUAUAAGUAACUCCAAGGGCUUUGCUUACAGUGAUUUUGAGAGGGUUUGUUACGGUAACGGGGUGGUGACGGAGGUGACGCCGAACACGUGCACGAGGAUGUUUUCGGAAAAGAGAAAGUGGAUGGCGGUUAAGGAGGUUUAUGAGAUACUCGAUCAUAGGAUUCCGCAUGCGGAGGUUUUGGUUGGGGUUUCGGAGAGGGAACUGGGGUUGUCGUUUAAGCCAAGGGGGUGCCGUGUGAGGCCAGGGAACUGCGAGGAGCUGGUGGAGGCGUUGAAGUACGUGACGAAGGCUUUGGUGGCGCUGCACGACUUGUCGUUUAUGCAUAGGGAUUUGAAGUGGGAGAAGGUGAUGAGGAGGAUGGAUAGUAGGGAGGAGGAGUGGUUUGUGUGCGGGUUUGAUGAGGCGGCGGGGGCGCCGGAGCUGAAGGGGUGGCGCGUGACGGGGGAGCGUGAGGGGAACGCGCCGGAGAUGGAGAGAGGGCUGCAUGGGGUUAAGGUGGAUGUGUGGGGGGUGGGAAACUUGAUAAGGACGUGUGGGUUGGGAGGGGUGCCCAUGAUGCUUAGGGAGUUGCAGAGUCGGUGCAUGGAGCAGAACCCGGAGCAGAGGCCCACGGCGGCGGACUGCUACCACCACCUGCUGCAGCUGCAGUCGUCGCUGUCAGCAGCAACCGCAGCCGCCGGGGGAGGCAUCAUGAUGUGACUGAUGAUGGUUGAUGGGAGGGGGGUUAAUGUGGUUGAUGGAUGAGUCGUUGAGAAUAAUGUUGGGGUGGACUUUUUUUAUGUAACUUUUGGCAUUGGAGAUUGUUGAAUUGGGAAAUUGAAAACGGGGAAACAUGAUUUUUUUCAAA